AUGCCUCCGCCCGCUGAGCUGAGCGCAUACGGAAGUAUUUUAGUCUCGCCCAUUCUCAUCUCGCAGAUCGCUGACACCAUCUCGCCCGCUGCGGCGGGUCCGCCUUGCCUCUUCGGCCGGGCUGUUUACCGCACUGGGCGUGCGCCCGCCGUUCCCCCUCUCCCGUCUGCGAACCGCGCUACUAAGCAGUGCCUUCGAGGAAGUCUGGCAUUGGUCAUGCUGACGAGCGAGCUCGGCACUUUGGCUGCCCCCACCCCAUUGCCCGUUGCCACUGCCUAUCCUCGCCAUUGCCAUUGCCUAGCCUCGUCCCUCGGGUAUCGGUCGUAUGCACGCUUGGUAGUCAAGAGCAGCGAAAACCGGCCACGCAGGCCCGCCCGUCUGGUCCCAAACUGCCGCCUGCGUGCUUAA